AUAGUACGAACCGCUGAUCAGCUCAGCCUUCAUUUCGCUUUCGCAUCUUCCGCUCGUUGUUGUUUCAACGGUGUCCUUGAAGCAUCAUUCUUGUUUAUCGAGCGAUAUCGACCGAAAUUAUCGUUGAUAGAGCGGUGUUGACAAAUUUGCACGUCAUCAAUAGGGAGCUAUAGUAGUACCAACUGCACCGUUACUCCAUUCACACGUACUGGCACGACCACAAUACUCCUAUGGCGGAAGCUAGCAAAGGUUUAAUAACCACGAAUAUACAAUCGCCAGCUCAUUCUGUCAAAAACAGGGAGGACGCAAUACCCACAGGAUGGAAAUACAAACGCUUGAAACUCGGACCCAUUACCCUUCCAUGGUAUGCCUCACCUAAGUCGCAGUUGAUCUUGGUGUCGUUCGUGUGCUUCUUGUGUCCAGGCAUGUACAAUGCUUUCAAUGGUUUUGGUGCUUCAGAGCAACUUAGCCCAUAUGCUAGUUCCGCCUCAAACUCUGCGAUUUAUGCUACUUUUGCUGUUGCCGGUUUCUUCGCCGGCCCGGUCACCAACACCAUAGGUAUCAAAAACGCCGUCUCAUUCGGUAGCCUUGGAUACUGUGUCUACGUUAGUUCAUUACUACACUAUAACUUCAGUCAUGAGAUCGGCUACAACGUCUUCGCCGGUUUGUUGCUUGGAUGCUGUGCAGGCAUUCUCUGGUCUGCGCAAGGCGCGAUUAUGAUGUCGUAUCCACCAGAGAAACUCAAAGGCCGGUUUAUCUCCUGGUUCUGGAUAAUCUUUAAUUUGGGCUGUGUCAUCGGAAGCCUGGUUGAACUUGCCCUAAACAUUAACAUGUCAGCCAACGCUACUCUUCGCAGUAGUAUCUAUGUCGGCUUCUUAGGCAUUACGUUUCUUGGAGCCUGCUUAUCUUGGACAUUGGUUGAUGCUAAGCACGUCGUGCGCUAUGAUGGGUCUAGAGUUAUUCUAAUGAAGCACCCGACGUGGAAGACAGAGACUAUUGGCCUUUGGGAGACAAUUUGGAGUGAUCCCUAUAUCAUACUCCUUUUUCCUAUGUUCUUCACGUCUAACUGGUUCUACACGUACCAGUUCAACGACGUCAAUCUUACGCAGUUUAACACGCGUACUCGCGCACUUAACAACACACUUUUUUGGCUUGCUCAGAUGUUUGGGGCUCUUAUCUUCGGCAUGGGACUAGAUUUUCCUAAUACUAGGAGGACUACGAGGGCAAAGGUGGCUUGGGUUGUUAUGUUUGUCCUUACCUUUACAGUCUGGGGCGGAGGUUAUGUUUUCCAGAGGAAGUACACUCGUGAGGAUACUGCCUUGAUGGAUCACUUUGUAUACGAUUGGACAUCGGAUGGCUAUGUCGGACCGAUGUUCUUGUAUAUCUGUUAUGGCUUCUAUGACGCAGCAUGGCAAACGUGCGUGUACUGGUUUAUGGGCGCUAUCACCAAUAACAGUCGCAAGCUCGCCAAUUUCGCAGGCUUCUACAAGGGCAUUCAGUCUGCAGGUGCAGCUGUUAUCUGGUAUUUGGAUGGCUUCGAUAGCCCUAGGCCAUAUAUGAGCCUGUUCGCUUCAUGCUGGAUUCUGCUUGCCGGCAGCUUGGUCACUGCGCUCCCGGUCAUAUUGCUAAAGAUUAAGGACACUGUACCGCUCGAGGAAGACCUCAAAUUCACCGACGAGACUGUCGAGGACGUCAUCGGCCAUAAAGUCAUUUACGACUCCCCGGAGCAGGACAAAGUUUGAGAUAUGUUCUUGUAGGCGUCGGUAAUCAUUUGCGAUAUUUCUCUCAAACUUUUACAGCUUGCGUAUGACGUGUUAUUAAACUAGUGUGCUUGGACCCAGCCUUGUGUGCCUAUAUUAAAGUGAAAACAUACUAUAAAAAAGGAAAGUUCCAAAGGUUCAAAACGAAGAUUCUCUGCUGGAGUUAUUACUAGAUGAAAUGAACGUGGUGUGAACUGCUUCAUAU